AUGGUGCUCUUCAGAGAACGUUUCCACGGCUUCUUUCAAUAUGAUACGAGGAAAUACGUUGCCACCCAAAAUCUGUCUCUCGGGCUUCUGCAUAGACUUUAUCAGCUGUCUAUCCUCCUAUACAUAAUAAUCUGGGUUUUCUUCAUCAAGAAAGGAUACCAGGAAGUGGAUUCGGACCUGCAGAGCUCCAUCAUCAUCAAGAUGAAGGGAAUCUCCAUGACAAACAUCACCGAAACCGGUCCGUGGGUGUGGGGGCCCGAGGACUAUGUCAUCCCGCCACAGGGGGAAUAUGUGAUGUUUGUUGUAACCAGUUUUGAAGAGACGCCAAACCAGAAGCUUGGACACUGUGCUGAGAGCCCUCGAGUGCUGGAUGGCCACUGCAGGGGUGAUGAAUACUGUGUAAUGACUGGACGAUGUUUGGUAAAGGAUGGAAGCUCCAAUGGUACCUGUGAAAUCUUUGGCUGGUGUCCCACUGAAAAAGCAAUCAAACAACACAAAGCAGUGCUGAAAAACGCUGAAAACUUCACCAUAUACAUCAAGAACUUUAUCCGAUUUCCAAAAUUUACAUUCGCCAAGUCCAACAUUCUUGAAACAAACGAUCGGUCCUACCUGAAGAAAUGCCGAUAUGAUGAACUGCGGCACCCAUACUGCCCCAUCUUUAGCCUGGGAGACAUUAUCAAGAAGGCUGGAAGCACGUUCCAGGACUUGGCUACCUCAGGAGCGUCCAUUGAUGUUGUUAUAAAAUGGGACUGUGACCUCGACAAAGGCUCCUGUCAUCCACAGUACAGUUUUACUCGCCUGGACAACGGUCUCUCCAACAAUUCUAUCGCAAGGGGAUUUAACUUCAGACACGCUCGAUAUUUUAGGAAUGCUGCUGGCGAAAGUUCCCGCAUGCUAUAUAAAGUCUACGGCAUAAGACUUAACAUAAUAGUGGAUGGAAAGGUAUGUAGUCUUCAUUUAGCUCGGUGUUUGAAAUAUUGGUAA